CGUCAAAAGCGCACUUGGGGUCAUACAUAAUCCAAGCAACCAGCUGCAGCAGCUAAAGAGAGUUUUUGUGCCUAUGAAAAGUACUUACGGAUUUUUUUUAUCACUCUACAGUCUUGUUUAAGUUAUCUCUGAACACCAACCCCACGGAUCCUGUGACCUAGUCCAAUCGAUGUAGUAAAGCAACAGAAAUGUUCGACAAUAACAUCAUCAAUUACGUGCUGAAGGUGGAACUGGCAAAGUGUUUCGACAAUCUCGGCACGGUGUAUCUGGCCCAGCACCGGCCCACCAAGAAGCAUGUGGCGGUGAAAAAGUUCCUCGUGGAAGAUCUCAAGAACGACAUCGGCUUCCUGAUGGAUGAGGCGAAGCAACUGCGCGAGUUCGACCAUCCGAACAUUCUCAGCUACCACACCAUAUUCGUGCACUAUCUCGAGCUGUACUUUGUCCUGCCACUGAUGUGUUACGGGUCCUGUAAGGACACGAUGAGCAACUACUUUGAAACCGGCUUCCCCGAACCGAUCCUCGUAUGCAUCCUGCGCGACAUCCUGCACGGGCUCGUGUACCUGCACUGGAAAGGUUACAUCCAUCGUUCGAUCCGAGCAAGCCAUGUCUUCCUGAACGAAACGCGUGCUGUGAUUGGGGGUUUCCGCGUCUGCACCAGCUUCCUUGGCGAGGGUAAGCGCAUACGCACCCUGCACGAUCUGCCACCGCAUUCGGUAAAAUCUUUGAACUGGCUUGCGCCGGAAGUGCUCGCACAGAACCUAACCGGCUACACGGAAAAGUCGGACGUGUACAGCUUGGCGAUGACGGCCUACGAGAUGGCGAACGGUGCCGAGCCGUACUACAAAAUAACGGCCACACUCAUACUGGCGGAAAAGUUGAAAGGAGGCGUCUAUCUACCCAUGCUGCUGGAUGCAACGACCGUACCGAACGAGGAUGGCCCCUCGAGCGAGACGGCCUCCCCGUUGCGGCAGAUUUACGUCUCCCGACAGUUCUCCGACGCGUUGCACAACUUUGCUGAAACGUGUUCGGAACGAGAUCCGAAGAACCGGCCCAGCGCGUCCGCCUUAUUGUCACACCCCGUGUUCAAGCUGGUCACCCACACAAACAUCAAGGAACAGUUUGCCCAGCACUGCAUACAGAAGGUGGACUUUGACUCAAUUCAAGACUCGGACAUCAAUCUGCAGGACAGCUUUUCACAGAUGUGCGUCGAGGCCGGAAGUUCCUUCGAGUGGGACUUUGACGAUUCGUAACGGCGAAAGACGACAUGUGCUCCAUCAAUUGAUGAAAGAUCACUAAGAGAAACCAUUAUUGAUUCCUAAAUGCUGUAACACAACAAGUGCAAGACUUACUGAAAAGAGAGGGUGAGAGAGAGAGAGAGAGAGAGAGAGAGAGAGAGAGAGAGAAGGAGAGAGAAUACAGUCCCUUUAGGCGUUGUUUUCGGUUAGUAAAUUGAGUCCUCCAGUUCCCCGGAUUCAUCGACGCAAUCAAGACCUGUAAUCUGCUGGGGAGCUUUACAUUAUUUAUGUAUUUUAUCGGCUUUGACAACACUCUUUGGUUGCAAAACAAUAACAAGCCACAGAUGAUAAUAAAAGAAAAUGUUUAAAACA